UGUGAGAUACACGUGCUUUAUUUCCCGUUGAAUGUAAGGGCCCCCGCCACAUGAGCUCGUCGUGCCUGAGACAUGACUCACCCUGGGGCAUGUGACACGAAAUGCCCCUCAGUGCCCCGCCUGGGUCAACCAUCCUGCCCGUACAGGGGGCGUGAUAGUGUUGUUCGUCUGUGUCAUGCCACCGUGCCGGCCUAACAUACGCGGCAUUGACACGUGCAGCACUUGGACUAAGACGCACAGGAUAGAGACGGUGCUUUACAGGAAACAGAUGUGCCAUAGCAGCUCAAACACGUGUCAUAACUGGACAAAGACGCACCAUAGUGUGUCACGAUUGCCUCUGGACGGACGGGUAAGGCAGUAUGACCGGAAUGUGACGCACUCAAACUGCAUGGUAACGCUGUUACAAGAGGCACAGUCACGCAUCACCGCCGCACAAGCGCAACUCUUGAUGACAAGGACGCUUUUGAGAGGAAUACAUACUUGCCUAAGUAGGAUUAAUAAACAAAUGAAAAGGAUUAACACACACAAGAGUAGGAUUGAGACACACAUGAGUAGGACUAAGACGCAUCGGAGUGGGAACAGGACGCACUUGUGUAGGAUUGACGUGACAGGCAUCCUUCACCACGCAUGAGAGAUCGCGGCAACUGACAGUUAGCAAGCACAUGGAAUCUUAUGAAUAUCAGUGAACGCUUCAUCAACUCACUUGACCAUUUACGUAGACUUGAGUAAAAGUAAAUCAGUUGCCGCACUAGCUUUGUUUGCAACAUGGGAGAGCUGCAGGCCACUAUCGAACUCUACCUGCACCUUCAUAAGUUCUACAACGUCGACCUAUUUCAGAGAGGGUACUACCAGAUUCGAGUGCAUCUCAAGUCAACAAGCAAGUUACCAUCCAAGACGGAGACCAUCCUACCACGUAGUAACGCCCCCAGCAACACAAGUCUGAUAGCGCCGGCGUACGCGCUAAGCGGCGCGGCCGUGAGCAAGACGUUCCAGAUCCUCUACCGCAACGAAGAAGUCCAUCUCGACGACCACAUCCACUUCAAGCUCCACCUCAUCGUCGACUCCCUAAAGGUGACGGAGAGUCUGGAGCGCGCAGAGCUGCAGCUGCUCGUCGAGCUCUGGUUCACGGAGAGCUCGUUUGGUGCCGACCCUCUGAGCGGCGUCCAGUGCGUGUCUUCCCGCACCCUGAACCUGCAGUUCUCCCCCAGCAGGGGGCUACACCACCACCUGCCGGUGCUGUUCGACUACUUCCACCUGUCGGCUGUCACCCUGACUGUGCACUGCGCGCUCGUCUCACUGCACCAGCCAUAUAUCAAGUUAGUGUCGUACGCUAAUUUACACAUCAACAACACGGUGCGGUGUGGCGGGGGCGGCAGCGGCAGCAGCUCAUGGCGCAUGUCGCAGGCUCGCUCGAUGCACCGCACCAUCUGCACGCUUCUGAUGGCGGCUAACACCGCCCUCACUGCCCACCUCGAGACCCUCAUCGCUAUACUGCCGCCCUGGGCAUCAAGGGACUCCGCUGCUCACCAGAGCUCAUCGACCAGUACGAGCACCUGGCCGCUGAGAGACACUCCUGCUGCUGCUAGUGGUGUAGGUGGUGCAGCUGGUGUUAAUGGUAGUGGUGGUGGUGGUGGUGGAGGUGGUGAAGGAGUUACGUCUACAGUCCCAACGUCGUCCGAAGUCCCCUCGUCGACGCCCUCCGCCCCGUCCACUCCCCAGCCCACGAGACUCCGCGUCGACAACCUCUCCGAUGUUGCUAAGGAAUGCUACUUCGCGCUGAUGGGCAGCAGCCAGGCGCCGCGCAUGGAGAAGCGAGGCUCGCAGAGGACCAGGACAGUAGAGUGCGAGGACGACUUCCUAGUAGCAGCUAACAGCGACAUCGCGACGCUGUGCGCUGAGAACAUCCUCCUGUGGCAGUAUUUCCUCACUGUCGUCGCCGGCAGUGAGGCCGUACGACAACAUCUCUCGCGCCAGCAUCACGUCCAACGGGUGAAGCGUUUCGCGGAAGCGUUCUUUGUUGUGGACAACCCGCGACCGUCCGCGACGGGCUGCUACGACAGCAACUACCAGAACUAUGCUGCCGUCACCGACGCUGUGCGCCGCUCCCGAUACUUCCAUCUCCUGCCGUCUCUGCCCAUAGAGUGCCCCGAGAUGGACGGCGACGUGACAUCCCUGCCUGUGGUGUUCGAGGACCAGUACCAGCACGUCGCUGAGUUUGCCAGGAGACGCUCCAUAGUGAGCCGCAAGUCAGAGAACUACCUGAGCUCAUCAGACGUGCAGCUGGCGAUGGAUCAGCUGGAUUCCAACUGUGAUAAAGCUGAACUGUUGAAUCCUCCAGACGUGACAAAGCCAGAGCCUUCGCUCCAGAACCGCAAUAGCUUGAAGCCUAUCGAGUCGAGCAGAUCUUCGACUCUGCUGCUAAAGCAGCGCUCAGUUAAUCACGACACUUUGUCUCUGCCUUCGAAUGGCAAUCCGUCGUUAGUGAGCGCUUUGAUUGAUACCACGACUACAGUUCUUGAUUUUGAGAACAAACACAGCGCCACUCUGGAACCGAGGGUAACAAGGUUUGACUUAAGUGCUAAUAAAUCUCACUUGCUCACCACCAAUACGCUUCAGGGAACUGGUAUCAGUUCAAAGAGCUAUAACAAGCUGGUGUGGGAUCUGCAAGAUGAUCGUACCAGAGCCCGAACUAAGGUCCGUUCACGCAGCAGCGACUCAAGAGUGUCGUCAGGUCACAGCCUCGGAAGCGGUGACGACAAGCCUCCUUUAAGCCCGUCGGACAGCAAUGACAAGUUGCUAGUACCGAAAAUGUCGCCGUACGACAUGAGUAGAAGUAAUAGGUUAUCCAAAAAAGUCGUUGAUUUAGAUGACGAAGUCAAGCCUCCUCUACCGCCCAGAACCGACAAGAUGCCAAAAGAUUUUAAGCCACCCGUACCCCCAAAGUUACACAAGCUACCAGCUGCACGAAAUAGCCUUAAGGAAAGAUUGAAGAACAACUUACGUUUAGAGUUACGGUUACCAGAAUCUCAAGGGUCUUCUUAUAAACGUGCUAAGUUUAAAGUAAAAUUGAUACAGCGAGCUCAGCAGUUAAGAUCUUCUUCCAAUGAAAAGAGUGCUAUCAAAUAUAAGAAAAGUAAGCAUAAUAGCAAUUCAGAUAACGUAAUCUUGCUCAAGUAUCGUAAGCUAGAACCAUCACUAAGCAUGCCCUACAACCUUGGUGCCAACACCCCGGGAAGCAACAGCACAGGAGGCGUAGAUCAAGUCAUGCGACACUCUCAAAGCACCUUGUCGAUGCCAUCGUUCUUAUGGGACGCUGCUACAACCACGCCUCCUGGUAUUGCAGAGUCCAUGCCUGACCUGUUAGCGUCAGACUCAGAGUCUUCGUCAGACUCUAAACAACCUCCGCCUCCUGUGCCGAGUUCAAGACUACGCCCAGGUGACCGUAAGCGGCCAAUUCUGUCCAACGUCGAAGUAGGUCUCGUUUCUGCCUCUGAUCCGACUCUGAUUGAGGUUGGAAAGCUCAAGAAGCAAAUCGAUGCCAUGAAUAAAGCUGCCAAGAAGCUCGCGUCGCCCGUCAAACGCAACGUGGACAGUUCAAAAUCGCAGGUCUCUUUGCAGGGUUCGUCGUCUAAUAGCGACAUCACCUCAGAACAGAGUGGCUGGGUCUCCAACUCCAGCAGACACACGUCAAUAUCUACCAGUCCUGGCCAAGGCAGUCCAGGUAUGGGCAUAAAAACCUUUCACAUACCCGACAGAUUCCCUUCGACGGCAUCUCAUCACAAAAGUGACAGCGGUACUCCAGUGACGGUGUUUACGACCCUCAGUGAUCCCCCUCCUACAAAAUCCUCUACGCUAGGCAAGCACAAAAGUAGACCUAUUGCUCAAAGUCCCGCUAGUAAUCAUAGAGUAAGUAAAUCUGAUUCCAAAGUUCAUAGCCGCAAAGCUUCUCCCAAAGAAGUUUCGUAUAAGUCUUCACCCAAGGAUUGCACGCAUCGUUCAGCUUCUAACGACCAACUUCAAGCAAAUUCCAAGCCAAGUCCUGGUAAAAAAGAAGUUAAAAAGUCACAGUCGAUGCACAAGGUUAACUGUAAUCGACAAAACCACAGUAUUUAUGAAGAAGUUCCCAUCCCUCCACCUCCCAAAGAAUUUCAAGAUCCGAUGCCGGGUUUACGAGGUGCAAUUAGAGGAGGUGGAUUUGCUACUACAGGUAGAUUGCCUCGAGAAGACCGUCAUUCCAGAAAGCCAAUUCCCAUCAUGAAAGAUCGACCAAGAAGCGAAAGCCCUAAAACUGAAGCAAGUCGAGUUCAGUCUGAAUCGAGAACAGGAAGCUUGGCAACGUCGUGCACCAUAACGCCAGGGCCGAGUAUCGAUCUAGAAAACGAUGACGUGUUAGUGUGUGAAAGUGUUAGUGAAGCCAUUGACGACCAGACUGGUAGUGUCAAGUCGAUGGACAAGAGAUAUGAUAAGUUUCAUUCACUUCCUUCUAUGAGGCGUAAAACCUUGCCUCUUUCUACCAUGACGCAAAGUCGACAUGAACGAAGGAAUAAAGAAAGGAAGCAUCGACCGCAGCUUGAUCGAUUAUCAGAACCAACUCCUACUAAGGUUAAAGCUCAUUUCCAAUGUAACGAAAGAAAUCGUACCCAGUCUGCACCUCCUCCCGUCGUCGACAAGACAGACAAUUCAAUUGACUCUGCGAAAAGACGAGGCAGCCGAAGUGGCGGUCGUAGAUUAGAGCCUAUCCCUAUCAAACCUGAACCCGUGACCACUCUCUUGGCAGACUCCAAGUGUACGUUGCUGGAGCUGUUUUUGGAGCAGCAAGGAGCAAGCGUGUGGGCCCACAGAGAAGCCCAGCGCGAGUUGUUGAAGGAAGCACAACGAGCUCUUCAGAGCGAGCAAGCGACUUUAGAUCCGCGCUACUCUAGGAAAGGCAUGAAGCUCGCAGAUACAGGCAAGUCCAAAAGUGUUCGUAUGGAUGAGCCCAGAAAAGCGUCGGAUCAGCUGACUGCCAAAAUGAAAUCCGUUGACAUCUUAGAGGACAUGGAAGCUUCUGUCGAUAUCCCGCCACCUCCUAAACCGCCUUCGCCCAACGUGAGACGUGAUCGUGACGGUCGGCCAGAGGAUCGCACGCGAAGUCGCUCCAGCGAGCGUCGGCCUGACAAGCUUAGCGAGUCUAGCCGGCUACCCGGAGCGGCUUGUCGGGUAUUGCCGGAGGAGCGGCUGCGUAUGGAGGACCCUCCACCUGAUCUCCUGCCGCAGAAACUCACACCUCCUGUACCAGACACUCUGGCCUUCAUCAAAGCCAAGGAAGAGUUCAAACAAACUAUGAAUUUCCAGGGCCUUUUGUACAGCGACUUCAGCGGCCUGGCGUCGACGGUUCCCUACUUCCACGUGAGCGACGAGUGCCGCGUGCUGUCGCCGGCAGGGCUGCACCUCAUCGUCUGCGUGCACGGCCUGGACGGCAACUCUGCUGACCUGCGCCUCAUUAAGACCUACCUCGAGAUGGGCCUGCCGGGCGCCAACCUCGACUUCCUCAUGUCCGAACGCAAUCAGGGCGAUACGUUCUCGAACAUCGAGACCCUCACUGACCGGCUGGUGUCGGAACUUCUGUGUCACAUCGACGCCUACAACCUGAACCCCAAGCGUAUAUCCUUCGUGGGGCACUCGCUCGGCAACCUCAUCAUCAGAGGAGCUGUGUCACAUCCCCACAUGAAGCCCCUCCUCCCUAAACUCCAUACAUUCUUGUCCCUCUCCGGCCCUCACCUCGGAACCCUCUUCAACAACAGCGGCCUCGUCAACAUGGGAAUGUGGUUCAUGCAGAAGUGGAAGAAGUCAGGCUCUCUCCUGGAGCUUGCACUAAAAGAUAGAGUGGACAUUCGGCAGACGUUUCUCUACCGACUGGCGCAGCGGUCGCAGUUGCAUCAUUUCCGCAACAUCCUGCUGUGCGGAUCGUCCCAAGAUCGAUACGUUCCACUUCACUCCGCCAGGAUCGAGCUGUGCCGAGCAGCCGUCAAAGACACAUCAGUCAUGGGCGCGGCGUACCGGGAGAUGGUCUCUAACCUCCUGCAGCCCAUCAUCAGUUCCUCGAGCGUCACCCUCGUCAGGUUCGACAUCCAUCACGCGCUGCCCUCGACCGCCAACUCUCUUAUUGGCAGAGCCGCGCACAUCGCGGUGCUCGACUCCGAGCUCUUCAUUGAGAAGUUCUUCCUCGUUACUGGCCUCAAGUAUUUCAAGUAAACACUAUGAACUCCAGAUUUCCACCUGGAGUUUCGUGGUCUCCAAAGAAACAAGAUACCCAAGGAAAUGCCACAUACCACCUGGAGUUUCGUGGUCUCCAAGGAAACACCACAUACCACCUGGAGUUUCGUGGUCUCCAAGGAAACACCACAUAUCACCUGGAGUUGCGUGAUCUCCAAGGAAACAUGAUACCCGGCAAGCACGAUGCUCCGACCCGGUGUAUAGAUCUCUUCCAGGUUCACAAGAUGCUACUUUAAAAAAUGCACACAAGACUCCUUUUUAUGACUAUCUAAAAUAUUUGUUCGUUUCGUCUUCUAUCCUGUUAAUUGUCCAUUGAUAUUUGUUCUGUGAUUAGUUUUUAGUCGCCGUUAAAGUUUCGAGGCCGAACGAACUCGGUAGACAUUGAUGCCAUUAUAUUGUGUUUAUUCGGAUUUCUUAUUAGCUUCGGAAAUAAUUGUGCAACAUGCCUUUCAUUGUGCCGAGAUAUACCAAGUUGUUCAAUGCAAGAUCAUAUUUUGUUUGGCGUUGGAAUGAAAAGUUCUGAGACCUUGUCUCUGUUUGAGUGAUGACCACACGUAUAAGGUGCACAAACUGUCAUCCCAUAAUGACAUAACCUACCCGCACGAUAGCCAUUCGCCGUGCACGAAAAAAAAGCAUUCUGGCGAGCGAUUAUGCAUGUUGCGUUCACAAUAUGUACCAAAAAGACCUCGAUGAAGAUAUUUCUUUCUGAUGUCUCAGGAAUUUAUGUUUGUGUGCUGUUGUAAUAUUCCGAAGAAUAUAAACUUCUUUAUUUGUGAAUCACUAGUAAGGCAUGUCCGACCUCUCAUUGAUAGAGUGCAAAGUGCAGACAAAGUUCUGCACAUCUUCUACUUCGCCAUGGCCUGGAAAUAAUUUUAAGUUUGAGUGCGUAUUCAAUUAUUACAGAGUGAACUGAUAAAUGUGAAUAAUUUGCAUGAAAGAAGUAACAAUUGGAUUUGCCAUGCCAUAAUGAAUAUAAUUACAAAACACUUCAACGUAAUCAACCAGAUAUGAAAGUAACAUUGUUCCCAUGGCGACCCCCAAGUUCUCUAGGUCAAUCUAAGCCACAAAUUCGUUCUCAACCCGCGUGAGGCUGUCUAUCCUGUCGCGGCUCGCAACAGAAAUAUCUUGUACUCGUCCAGAGGAUUUUUUCUCAUAUCUUCCUGAAUAGUUUUAUUUAAAUUCUCUCUUAAUACGUGGGAAAAUGUCUUGGUGGUUUUUUAAAUUUAAUUUUUUCAUUUCAUUUUUAUUCUAAAUAAUAGUGAGUUCCAAUCAUGGUUUCAUGAGAUGCUUCAGAUUGCAUGCAGUAUCACGUGUACGGUAAUGAUGGCAACAAAGUAACUUGUCUCAUGUAGACUAAUUGCAAUGAUAAUUAAUCAUUUUGAACUCGCUAAAUGACUUCAACACAUGCAUGAAUACUUCUACACAUGGUCACUUCAACACAUGCUGGCUGGUCUAGCACACACAGACUACACAUCGCAGCACGUGCAGCUCGUGCUUAUAAGUACACAAGUCCAGAUGUAUUUGUAGCGCAGAAGUACGUUUGAAAUACAGAAAUACAUUUGCGGCGCCUUAGGGCUUGAUAGACAAGUUAUGUCCUACAUGUUUGGAAUGUAGAGGCACAAAAUUAAUUUUUUAUACAAGUGAUGCAUUCAGUGGGACUUUUCACGUGAAUGUAUAUAAUCUUGAUAAUUUCCUGUUAGAUCUGCUCAGAACUAAACUUGGAAGCAAGUGCAGCAAAUGUGUCCAGGGGCAGAAUCUUGCUUAGAAAUUACGCAAUCCAAUAAGGUGCCGACUAACAAUCAUUAUAGUUUUAGAAAUUCUCUAGAUUCUAUUAAUACAGGUGUGUGUGUUGCGCGUACAGACUCGAGUAGCUGUUCUUUCUUUUGUAAACUAUGCCGGCUUUCCUUUACUACGAAUUUAUAUACAUAAUCAUCUCAAUUAUUUAUACGAUGACAUGAUGGGUGUUAUUUCAAAGAUGAAGGUCAUAAACGGCCGCUAUUUAUGGAUGAUAUGUAUAGUGAAGAGGUUAUUGCCGUGGUUGGUUAUUUCUUGGGGAUGAUGUGCGCCGUGGUUGGUUAUUUAUUCUUUGUUGCUAUUGCUCUAAUGAUGUUCUUUUAUCUAAAUUUUUCUGAACUCGUGUCUAACAAGGCCUAAAAGGCUAAAACAAUAGCAGGUAUAGCAUACACAGGACAACAUUUCCUAAAUCGUAUGCAUGCCAUUCUUCAAUAUCUAGUAGGAUAUGCGCUGAAAUUUGGCCUAUGGCUUAGAUAUUUAAACGGCGAGAAAUAGUCUAUCUUGAUAUACAAUUUUAAACAUAUUCUCUAGAUUUGCAAAUGUUUUUGUGGAUCAACGUUUUGUUCUAAAAGUCAGUGCUAAAAAAUUUAAGAAGAGUUACAAGCGCAAAAGAAAUUUUUCUUCAAUUUUUAUCGAGAUUUUUCCUAUUUUAUUGAUAAAACUUAUGCCAGUAAAUUUGGAACAAAGGUUUUUUAGCUACUCUUGGUGCUGUACAGUCACGUACAAGCUGUGAUGAGCUUCCUACUCAAGCAAAAGAUCACUUAAAUUAUUUAGUUCUUGUUCCAAAACGUUUUAUCUUGGAACAGACAAAAUUAUUGCACCAAAGACGCUGAAAUUUACAUUUUGAUUAUUAUUAGGAUGGCUCGUUAUGUUUGCUAUGUUACAUUAUAAAAAUGUACUGCAUGUUCGUUAUUUGAAUGAAUAUUGCAUUGGAUGAUCGAUCCUCCACGCCCCCUGAAGCACCUCAGUGGCGUGGCGUUCCUUGCGACGCACACUUAACAUUCAGACACAACUUUGAUUCAAAACUUGAAUUGCUCUCUCAUUUUUUAUGUUAUGUCCAUGUUUGAUUUUUUUAUUAACAUUUUUAUGCCCACUGUCUGCACGGCCGAGAUAUUAGACUCAGCGUUUCCAUAUUAAUUUAUUAUGAACGGAAUGGAGUGGUAUCACCGAAUUAAACAUGUCAAUGAGUGCUUCAUUAAAGUAGAAACUCUUUUACAAUUCAAACUACGAUAACUGUCGCAAGUGCUGUCUGCGAAUUUAUUGUCCUUUGCAAUACUCCCAAAAGUUCGAAUUAAUCAUCAUGGAAUUCAAAACUGAAUUUGAAAUGAAUCUUACAAAAAUGUAUAAUGUGUUGCAGAUUCUUUUAAUUGAAGUGACGUUGAUCGUAGCAACGAAAUUCGCGUGCAAAGUACGAACUCCUCGACGCCAAAGUAGAUUUUGUUGGUGCUGAGAGCUUCGCUUGAUAUGAAGUGACUGUUAUUUUACAGGGUACUAGUAGCAUCAUGACACAGUUCUAGUCACGUACUAUCUAUUUAUAAUGACGCAUAAUAGUGACAUGCUUAUGUUUUAGAGUAUUUAGUGUAUGAAGCUAUUAGGUAUAAGGAUCUCAGAAGCUUAUUGUUGGUUGAGCAGCUCUUGCUCCUCUCGCGCCUCCGCAUUUCGUGUCUUCCUCAGUUUUAUGCGCCGAAAUAUUGGCAGGAUAAUAAAAGUUUACUUUUAUAGGAUGUCAUGGCGGCUCUCACUCUUGCUGCUCCUUCUUUUCAGUUCCUACCCUAACAAAAUUUAGAGUCGUCCCAGCUUCUGGUACUCCAAAUCAGAAGCUGACGCGUCUGUAAAUUUUCUUCAGGUAGCGACGGGACUAAUAUUCUCAUUCCUAAGCUCUGCACAUUCCCGAUUCGAUGAGAACGCUAUAGAUUUCAGUCUACAAUGAGUCAAUCAUUCAUGACAAUAUUCUAGCCGAGGAGUAUUAUUUUGAGCAGUAAAACUUAAUGUUUGUGUACAUCAGCGUGAAAUAUUAUGUUGUCAAUGCAUUGUGACUUGAUAUUAUCUUGUGUUCUCAAGUUGUAACCUGAGCGGCGAUUGCGACAUUCCCAUUUAGAUGUUAUGAACUUAUGAACGGUGUUACGCUGAUCACAUUCAUAAAGUGUCCACGAAGAUUCCAGACUUAGUCGUCAUUAUUGUUAUUAAUUAUUAUUCAUUUUACAUAAUUGAUCGUAAUUAACUAAGUUCAGUGCACUAGGAAAAGACUGAAUUAUGUCUGCACACUGCAAUUUCUCAUGCAGUUGUUAUUUUGAACUUUUUUCGGGUUUUGAGUACACAAUGUAUGAUGGUAUGCUAUCUAAUGGGACCAUUACAUCUUUGUGAUUCUUUCUGUACAUGUUGGCUUAUAAAAUUGGAUGAAUUAGACAAAAGCUGCUAAAUGAAGAAAUGCUUCUUUGCGUAGUGUUGAGUCAACCUCACAGCUCGAAAGCUUGCUUAGAUAUUUCAAAUUUAACUGGCACUAAGCAUCGUCCCUUGAUAAUUACUCACAGAGACUUGUGAUUUCCUGGAAUACUUUGUGCCAAUUUAGCUCUAUGGUAGCCAGGAGAUUUCAACUUAUCAUCCUUGCAACAAUUAUUGAAGCUGCUGCGUUGAUGUAGAGAAAAGUGCUGGGCAAAAAGUUUCUCGGCAACCUCAUUGAUUCCCACCAGAAAGAUAAAGAAUUUAUUCGUUCUCCUAUUAAAGAUCAAUUGUGUGACACAUUACAGCUCCCUGGUGUAGCUCAUUACCGCUCUCUUGUGUAGCUUAUUACAUCUCACUGGUGUAACUCAUUAGAUGUCACUGGUACGUGUAGCUCAUUACAGCUCACUGGUGUGACUGGUGUAGCUCAUUACAUCACACUGGUAUAUAACGCUGAUGUAACGUGGUUCAAUAGUUGCGGAUGUGCAGGUUACGAAGCGCGAUAUUUAUUCCUUAAUUUAAUCACGUGAAGCUAAUGAUGAGGUAACGAGUUUGGUUAUAUUAUUAUUAUUUUAGCCUUAGUAGUAAGUCAUGGUUUCCUUCAACGAAAAACUGUAUUGUUACUUCGUAUUCUAUAAACUAGACAUAUUCUCCUGUGCACCACAUUCAAGAAAUGCUCAAUAUCUGCAACGAUUAGCAGACACUCCCCGAGAUUAUGAUAUGAUGUAUGGUGUUCUUCAUGGAGAUUUUAUUAUAUUAUGCAUGAGGAACCGGGGCUUGACGCGUCGUGUCAUGUGAGGAAGCAUUUCUAUCUCGCCUUGAUUGAUAGUUUUUAUUUUGAAUUAUGCGACUACAUUUUCGUGCGAUAGGUUAGUCACAUUUCAGUCUAGAUUCUUCUCAGGUGAGCUUACAUUUAAUUGUGACCUAUACUGCUGCGAUUUAAUGUUCAUGUUUACGUCACUGUAUCGUGCAAGCAGUCAUGGUAACCGUAAUCUUGUUCAUGUACUUCCAUUUUUCGUUGCGUCUUCUUUCACCGUUACUCCAGUGCAACUUUUAACAGGCACGUUCACAUCACCACGAUAAUGGUGGCGAGCAUAUUUUUAUGCCACACAGGAUUUCUGAAUUUUUAUGUUAGAAGAAACCACAAAAAGUCGGAGGAAUUUUAUGAAAUAAAAUUAAAUAGCAGGAACACAGCACGCGUUAGCAACUACUAAUGUAAAUAGAAAUGAACCUUUAGAGAGUAGGACAUGGUGUAUAUCGCUUAUUUUGAAGACCAAAGAAUUCAGGACUGAUUCACGACCUCGUGUUUCCCAUGAAUCCUAGUGUAUUGUAAUUUGUAAAUAUUCAUCCUGUUGCAGUACGAAAAGUCACCAGAAAAUGACAAUUUAUGAAGAGAGCGACGCGCCCGACCUGUGAGGCUCUGAUCGAGUCUCGCUCAGCAAGCUUUAGGCAAGAGAAGCCCACCGCGCUAAAGAAGACGCAUCAAACAUUGUGAUAUUCACAGUAUAUUAGAAACCUGA